GUGUGCUCCCAGGUUCUUGCACUUGCCACAUUUGUUAUUCCUCAGAAUCGAGCAUAAUCAAAAUGACUUUCGAGCACUUUAUAAUCGAUUUAAUACUGGAUUUUGUGCAAAUAACUUGUUGAGCCCACGUUAAACCGAAAAGGCAAACCGAUUCAGGCAUACAAUUUAAAGUAUUUAGGCAGCAAUCGGAAAAACCAACAUAAGGUCUUAUUAGCUUUGAGAAACCGGAUCAAAUGCGGAAAACUGAAUUACUUAAUUGCGCUGCAAAUACACAAGUAGAAAUCAUUGAAAACAAUGUUAUAUAUUGUCUGGAUCCUUUUAUUGAGUAGCACUCUGUGUAACUGCCUAGACAAUGGACUUGCUAAAACACCCCCUAUGGGUUGGCUUUCGUGGGAAAGAUUUCGUUGCAAUACUGACUGCGUAAACGAUCCAGAUAAUUGCAUAAGCGAGCAGUUGUUUCAAACCAUGACAGAUAUCGUCGUCGCUGACGGUUAUGCCUCGGUGGGCUAUGAGUUCAUAAAUAUAGACGAUUGCUGGUUAGAAAAGCACCGCAGUCAUGAUGGAAAAUUGGUAGCUGAUCGCAAACGGUUUCCUAACGGAAUCAAAGCUUUGUCUGACUAUAUUCACUCCAGGGGCCUCAAGUUCGGCAUAUACGAGGACUACGGGAACUAUACUUGCGCGGGGUACCCAGGGAUUAUAGGUUACGAGGAUAAGGAUGCACUUCAGUUUGCAGAGUGGAAUGUGGACUACGUAAAGCUGGAUGGCUGCUACGCGCUGCCCUACGACAUGGACCGGGGAUACUCGACCUUCGGAAGGCUUCUCAACAGCACCGGCAGGGCAAUGGUGUACUCCUGCAGCUGGCCCGUGUAUCAGAUAUACGCUGGCAUACAGCCCAACUACUCGGCAAUCCAGACGCACUGCAACCUCUGGAGAAACUACGACGACAUCCAGGACUCCUGGGCGUCUGUCGAGAACAUAAUCGAUUACUAUGGCAAUAAUCAGGAUCUGAUAGCUCCAAACGCGGGUCCUGGGCAUUGGAACGAUCCGGAUAUGUUGAUUGUUGGUAACUUUGGACUGAGCUAUGAGCAGGCAAAAACGCAAUUCGCCAUUUGGUCCAUUCUGGCCGCACCCCUGUUGAUGUCGGUGGAUCUAAGGACGAUUCGACCGCAAUUUAAGCAUAUUUUACAGAACCGAAAAAUAAUUGCAGUGGACCAGGAUCCGCUGGGAAUACAAGGAAGGCGCAUUUAUAAGCAUAAGGGCAUCGAGAUUUGGUCCAGACCUAUUGGCCCCCUGUACCAAAACUUUUACUCCUACGCCAUUGCCUUUGUCAACCGGAGAACGGACGGAACCCCCUCAGACAUAUCUGUUACUUUAAAGGAGCUGGGUCUUAUAAAUUUCUCUGGUUACAGGGUAGAGGACCUUUACGAAAAUGUCGACUAUGGUGUUUUAUAUCCCAACACUAAGAUCAAAGUGAAAGUAAACCCCUCUGGAGUGGUUAUGCUUAAGGGAGAAGUUCAGUAUCCAGUUGACUUGUAAUACAGUUUGUUAAAUGAGAUUGCCUAACACUAAACGCUACUAAUUUGUCAAUAAAUUUAAAUACACCCCUA